AUGGAGUUCCUGCCCCUUUGGCUCUGCCUGGGUUUUCACUUCUUGGUUGUGGAAUGGAGGGACGGAAGUGGGACGGCCACUGCAGCUUCGCAAGGAGGCUGCAAGGCGGUGGAUGGAGUCGCUGACUGCCGGGGGCGGAACCUCGCUUCGGUACCCAGAAGCCUCCCAUCACAUUCCCGGAUACUCAUUCUGGAUGCCAACCCCCUCAGGGUCCUGUGGAAUCAUUCCCUCCAGGCCUACCCACACCUGGAGAACCUCAGCCUGCACAGCUGUCACCUGGACCGCAUUGGCCGCUACGCCUUCCAAGGGCAAGGCCACUUACGCAGCCUGGGCCUGGCAGACAACCGCCUCUCAGAGAACUACAAGGAGACGGCAGCAGCUCUCCACACCCUGCUAGGACUUCAGAGCCUGGACUUGUCUGGAAACUCCCUGACUGAAGACAUGGCAGCCCUCAUGCUUUACAACCUCUCCUCGCUGGAGGCAGUGUCCUUGGCAAGGAAUACCCUCAUGAGGCUUGACGAUUCUGUCUUUGAGGGCCUGGAGCACCUCAGGGAGCUGGAUUUGCAGAGAAACUAUAUCUUUGAGAUUGAGGGUGGUGCUUUUGAUGGCUUGACGGAGCUGCGGCGUCUCAACCUUGCCUACAACAACCUCCCCUGCAUUGUGGACUUCAGCCUCACACAGUUGCGGUUCCUCAAUGUCAGUUACAACAUCUUGGAGUGGUUCCUGGCAGCCAGGGAGGAGGUAGCCUUUGAACUGGAGAUGCUGGACCUGUCUCACAACCAGCUGCUCUUUUUCCCUCUCCUGCCCCAGUGCAGCAAGCUGCACACCCUCCUGCUCCGGGACAACAACAUGGGUUUCUACAGGGACCUGUAUAACACCUCCUCACCGCAGGAGAUGGUAGCCCAGUUCCUUCUUGUGGACGGCAAUGUGACUAAUAUCACCACCGUCAACCUCUGGGAAGAGUUUGCUUCCAGCGACCUGUCAGCGCUUCGCUUCCUGGACAUGAGCCAAAACCAGUUCUGGCACCUGCCAGAUGGUUUCCUAAAGAAAACUCCAUCCCUUUCCCACCUGAACCUCAACCAAAAUUGCCUGAAGACACUCCACAUUAGGGAGCAUGAGCCCCCAGGAGCCCUCACUGAGCUGGACGUGAGCCACAACCAGCUGGUAGAGCUGCGCCUGGCUCCGGGGCUCACUGACUGCCUCAAGAACCUCCAAGUGUUCAACCUGAGCUCCAACCAGCUCCUGGGAGUCCCCGCUGGCCUUUUCGACAAUGCCAGCAGCAUCACUACAAUUGACAUGAGCCACAAUCAGAUCUCACUCUGUCCCCAGAUGGUGCCCUCAGACUGGGCGGGGCCCUCCAGCUGUGUGGAUUUUAGAAACAUGGCCUCCUUGAGGAGCCUUUCUCUGCAGGGCUGUGGGCUGAAGGCAUUACAAGACCGCCCAUUCCAGGGGACCUCGCUCACUCAUUUAGACCUGUCUAGCAACUGGGGCAUUCUGAAUGGGAGCAUCCGCCCUCUCUGGGCUGUCGCCCCUACAUUACAGGUCCUGGCUCUCAGGAACGUGGGCCUCAGUUCUGGCACUGCAGAGAUGGACUUCUCUGGGUUUGGGAAUCUGAGGGAGCUGGAUCUUUCAGGAAAUUCCUUGACCAGCUUCCCCAGGUUCAGUGGCAGCUUGGCCUUGCGGACUCUUGAUCUCCGCAGAAACUUCCUCACGGCCCUUCCUCAGAGGGCUGUGUCUGAGCAGCCACUGAGGAGUCUACAGGCCAUCUACCUCAGCCAGAACCCUUAUGACUGCUGUGGGGUGGAGGGAUGGGGGGCCCUGCAGCACUUCAAGACUGUUGCAGACUUGGCCAUGGUCACGUGCAACCUUUCUUCCAAGAUCGUUCGUGUAGUAGAGCUGCCCCAAGGCAUGCCUCGGGACUGUAAGUGGGGGCAGGUGGACACUGGCUUGUUCUACCUCGUCCUCAUUCUGCCCAGUUGCCUCACCCUGCUGGUGGCCUGCACCGUCAUCUUCCUCACUUUUAAGAAGCCUUUGCUUCAGGUCAUCAAGAGCCGGUGUCACUGGUCCUCCAUAUACUGA